AUGACGUUCACUGGUGUAACAAUCGCUGUUCUAGUAUUUACAAAUGAUUUUGUAUUUUGCUACGAAAAUCUGUCUUUAAAUAAACCAACAUACCAAUCUCACCCAUAUUUCACUCCAGUUUUUUCAAGUGAUACAUUUGACUCCAGCAAUGCUGUUGAUGGUUUGAAGAAUAACCUCUCUGCCUUUGGGGGCCAAUGUGCUACUUCAGCUGAUGGAUACAAAACUGCCACCUGGUGGGUUAACUUGACAUACAUCCACAGCAUACAUGAUAUAAGGAUGUAUUACAGGACAGAUAAUGCACACUGGGGUGCUUCUAACGGCUACACAUCUAGAUUUUUAGGAUUUUAUGUUUAUAUAUCUAACACAACACACAUUAAAGAUGGACAUCUAUGUUUCCAUGACACGAACUACACCAGAUCCACAAUACCAGCGGUAGUGAACAUAAGAUGUCAAGCACACGGACAAUAUGUCAUAUAUUUCAACGAGAGACCUCAAACUUCAUCAAAUGCUGACCAGUUUUCUAUAUAUGCACAUAAUGAACUGUGCGAAGUUGAGGUUUUCGGUUGCAACGACACAGGUUUUUAUGGACCUACCUGUUCCUUGCCUUGCCCUGGUGAUAACUGUCGAUCUUGUGAAAUAGAUGCAGGUGUUUGUACUAGGUGUAAACCAGGGUACAUGGGACAUCAAUGUGAAUUACCCUGUAGUUAUUCAUUCUACGGGAAUCUCUGCUCUCUGAAAUGUGGCAACUGUAGUUCUGGCGCGACGUGUCACCAUGUCAACGGAAGCUGUACAAACGGAUGUGACGUCGGUGUUUAUGGAGAUAAAUGCAAUACACCGUGCUCUGAUGGUUGGCAUGGAAGGAACUGUUCCACAAUAUGUGAUAAAUGUGAUUCAUGCGACAGAUUCACGGGGGAGUGUACGUCUGCUUGUAAAACAGGUUGGAAAGGUCCUUUUUGCACGGAAGAAUGUGGAAAUGGAACAUAUGGAGAUACAUGUAUAGAGAGAUGUGGGACUUGUAUUGGUUUAAAGCAAUGCCAUCACAUCAAUGGGUCAUGCCCUGAUGGGUGUGAAGCUGGAUAUCAAGGGGAACUUUGCCAAAAUGGUUGUUCGAGCGGAAAAUUUGGUAUUAACUGUGAUGAAGACUGUAAUGAGAAUUGUGCUGAACCCUAUAAAUGUAAUGGAACGACUGGAGAAUGUGAGGGCGGAUGUCAGCCUGGUUGGGAAGGACUUCAGUGCAAAGAUGUUUGCAGAGAAAAUAUGUAUGGUAAAUACUGUACUAUUUUAUGCGGAUUCUGCCGCUACUCCACAUGCCACCACGUGAAUGGAUCCUGUUUCGGAGGAUGUGCAAAGGGAUUUCAUGGGGCUCUCUGCAACAAAGCAUGUAAAGCAGGAUUUUAUGGAGAAGACUGCAUAGAGGAAUGCAGUCCUUUCUGCAGGACACCACGUGACUGUAACCAUAUGACUGGGCAUUGUAACAAGGGAUGUAUUGGCGGAUGGCAGGGUGUGAAAUGUUUGGAAGAGAAAUCGGUAAAUUUGCAGUGUUCGUCACGAUUCUACGGUGUUCUUGCAGCUCUAUGCGUCAGUAUAACAAUAAUCAUUGUCCUGCUAGUCUUCACAUAUAUUAAUAGAAGAAGGGCCAAAGAAAUAUACAAAAAGCAGAAUGUGACAAACGACAUAGAGGUUAUGACAGGAAAAUUGGAUCUCCAAAUGAUUUCUGGUACAACAGUCGAGGAUGAGAGCAGCAAAUAUCAAGAGCUUGGGGAAUUGUCGCUGUCAUCAGAUUAUGACCAUCUUCGAUAAUCCUCUUCUGCACUUAUAUACACUAUGAAAUAAAACAAAUUGCUUUUAAUGGAGUCCAAAGAAUAAAAAUGGAAAGGCAAUGGUUAAGACAUAUACAUACAUGUAAAAGGCAAUAUUUAUGGUUUUCGUACCCCCUCCUUUACUAAGACGGUUUAAUGAAAAUCUGAUUGUUUGUGAAUAUUCUACUAAUUGAUAUUUUUAUAUCACUGAAAGGAGAUAGAGAUAUUUAAUGCAAGCAUAUGCUAUA